CCUCAUCUCGUCUCUGCAUCCCUGUGCGUAGGUUCUCAUAUAAAGAUCUGCUAAUACCUACACAGCAUGCGUAUCAAAGAUGAAGGUAGGUUGUUUGGGGCAUUGCUCGCCUGCCAUCAGCUACCUGUGCUUGCUCAGAACAUGGAAGACAGGACCACACAGCUACCAUCUACCUUGGUGGACGGUCAUGCGAUACAAUACCGAACCGACAUUCGAAUUUCAGAAGUGACCAGGGAGGACACUCCAGGAUGGAAAUGGACAUCUUUCAGGUUUCCACACGGCUCUGCGGCUCUGUCUCCGAGCCUCGAUGUGGAUCGAAGAAUGGAGCCAUGGAUAGGGUUGUUUGGCGCAGGUCGCUAUGUUGAUACAUAAGUCUUGAUGCCGGAGGAACGUUCGGAAAACGAUUCGGGAAUCGCCGCCCCCCAUCUCUUGAAUCCAGAUGUCCCACCCAGAACAGUGGCAGGAAAGACAGCAAGGACGUCCAAUGAGAGCAUUAUCGAUUUCCUCUAUGGUGAGUUUUUUUGAACCUCGAUCCAGUCGGUAGUCACGCUAAGAGCAGCUUAAGAUAGCUUGCUGUACAGCGAUAGACCCAACCUCGGUUCCACUCUCGCCGCUCUCAUGCUGUCUCACUGAUGGGUGAGCCACGGAGAGGGUGGGCAUGAGCUUGAGUUGGAGAUCAAGUUAACAGCAUAUCGCGCGAUCAGCAGCGCAAUCAGACGAUCCCACUUUGUUCCAACCUGCCGUGAGCAUCUGGACUUAUGGUAGAAACCAAAGUACAGUACGUACAGUACGUACGUAGUGGUAUAGUUACUGACUGGCUCCGGGUCCGGCCCGG